GAGCGCGCGAAAGGCUUGCUUUCUGCCGAUUGGCUGUAGCGCGCCGCGGUCGACGCCUCCGGCGGCGAGGCGAGGGCGCUCAUUGGCUGCGGCGCGGGGCAGAAAGUGCUGAACGUUCCAUCUCCCGAGCGCGCGGACCUCGAGGAUUUAAGCCUGGACUUUUAAGGGAGGCGCCUUCUUUUUUCACGGGGUGUCGGGGCGUCGCGUUGGACCGAGGAACCCUGCUGCUAGAAAUCCCAGUUGCCAUGGCCAGCACGAACGCCAGUGGAGACCACAUCCCUCGGGAGCUCUGGCUCUCUCACAACAAGAUGGUGAUGGAGGCCCUGGACGACGGUGACCCCGAGGUCUACAAUAUUAUCAAGAAGGAGAAGCGGCGUCAGAGACUUGGCCUGGAGUUGAUCGCCUCUGAAAACUUUGCCAGCCGAGCCGUGCUGGAGGCCUUGGGCUCCUGCCUGAACAACAAAUACUCGGAAGGAUAUCCGGGGCAAAGAUAUUAUGGUGGGACGGAGUUUGUCGAUGAGUUGGAAAGACUUUGUCAGAAGAGAGCUCUGGAGGCCUUCGGGCUAGACCCACAGAAGUGGGGCGUCAACGUCCAGCCCUACUCAGGGUCCCCUGCCAACUUUGCAGUCUACACCGCCCUGGUAGAGCCCCAUGGGAGGAUAAUGGGCUUGGAUCUGCCUGAUGGGGGUCACCUAACCCACGGCUUCAUGACAGACAAGAAGAAAAUCUCCGCCACAUCCAUCUUCUUCGAAUCCAUGCCCUACAAGGUCAACCCCGAAACAGGCUACAUUGACUAUGAUCAACUGGAGGAAAAUGCCCGCCUGUUUCAUCCAAAGCUGAUCAUUGCAGGGGUCAGCUGCUACUCGCGGAAUUUGGACUAUGCCCGGAUGAGGAAAAUUGCAAAUGAAAAUAGCGCUUACCUCAUGGCUGACAUGGCCCACAUCAGUGGCUUGGUGGCUGCCGGCGUGGUGCCCUCCCCCUUCCAGCACUGUGACAUCGUCUCGACCACCACCCAUAAAACCCUGCGGGGCUGCCGGGCUGGCAUGAUCUUCUAUCGGAAGGGUCCCCGCAGCGUGGACCCCAAAACUGGAAAGGAGAUCCUGUACAACCUGGAAAGUUUAAUCAACCAAGCAGUCUUCCCUGGUCUCCAGGGAGGGCCUCACAAUCAUGCGAUUGCAGGAAUCGCCGUAGCCUUGAAACAGGCCAUGACUCCCGAAUUCAAGGCGUACCAACAGCAGGUGGUGGCCAACUGCAAAGCUUUGUCGACCGCUCUCACCAGCUUGGGAUAUCACGUCGUCACUGGGGGUUCCGACAACCACUUGAUCCUCGUCGAUCUGCGCAACCGGGGCACAGACGGGGGACGAGCUGAACGGGUCCUGGAGCUCUGCUCCAUCGCGUGCAACAAGAACACCUGUCCAGGAGACAAAAGUGCUCUGCGCCCCAGCGGGCUGAGAUUAGGGACUCCAGCUCUCACCUCCAGAGGAUUCCUGGAAGAAGACUUCAAGAAAGUCGCUCAGUUUAUUCACAAAGGUAUAGAAAUCACCUUGCAGGUCCAGAACGAUAUGAGCCCCAAAGCUACCCUGAAGGAGUUCAAAGAGAAGCUGGUGACAGAGCAGAAAUAUCAAGGGCCAUUGAGGUCCCUCAAGGAGGACGUGGAGGCCUUCGCAGAUACCUUCCCGCUCCCAGGCUUGCCUGUUUUGUAAAGGAGCACCAAGCCACAUCUGGAACGGGAGCCCCCACUGCCCCUGUCUUUUUCCCCCUCUGCUCGGCCUACAAGCAGGCUCUGCUUUUAUAAUCAGCUUUUUAAGCAAUUCUUUCCUCCCCGCUUUUUAAAAAGAAAAAUACACUGGAAAAGAUUAGAGACCUGGGAGGAAAACAGAACAAAGUUUAGCACCCACCCACCUCAGUCGCUGGAACAAUUAAUGACACCUCAGGGUCCCCACUGGCAGUGUGGUUGGACAGGCCCUAAGAGAGUGGUCACCCUUUCUUGCGGAGUGAAAUCCCAUUAAUACGAGAUCCUCUUAGGAAAGAUAAAACUGGUUUUAAAUGGGAGGGAGGCAAGAUUUAUGUUCCAGCUUCCCUCAAAUCUAACUCAAAUCAACACCAAAAAUGAGUCUCAAACGGAGCAGGCCCGAAUUUUCAUGGGGUUCAAUAUUGUUGGCCCUGAAGCUGACCUUUUGAGGAAAAGCUCCGCUUUUUAGUCUGAAUCAGCAGACAGACAGCAUCAGCAAUUUUGAAAUGAAUUCUGCAGGUCUGCUUGAAAAGUUUUCACACUCAUUUCAGUCCUUCCAGACGGGGUUGUCCCAGCUACUGCUCUUUCACCACUAUUUUUAUCUGGGAAGAAAAGGAGGAAAUAGCAGAAUUGUGUAGAAGGUGCAUGAGUAGAAGAUGCUACCUGGACCACUUGCCAGAAAAAAAAUAAAUCCGUUGAUGGUGCAGGACAAGCAUCAGGUUCUCUUCUACAGAAAUUCUGGAGAGAAGCUGGCCAUUUAGGGGGGAAAAAACUAUUCUUCAAACUGUAUUGCAUUAAGUUACAGAAUUUAUUGCCACAAUUGACACGGAUGGCUAUGGCUUGAGCAGGAGACGGUCCUCCAUUUGAUGCCACCUUGGAACCCUCCCAGGAAACCUUGUGGUUGAUCAUGGAGGAAUGCAGGAAGCCAAACAACACAGUGACUUUUUUUCUCUUGCACACCUGAGUUUAUCCCAUGGUUUAUAUUCUCAGUUUCCAAAAAGUAGAUGUGCCAUUCAAGAAAAGGGCACUUUUAAUAACAAAUUGAGCAACCUAUUUGACACAGAUUUCUCUCCACUUGCCUUUAUCUUCCCACCACCAACAGUUGUCCCCAUUGUACCAGACGCACGAGCCCAAACAUACAGUCAGGACAGUUUUUACUAAGCACAAUAAAAUUAAGAAUUUUACCACGAGUGCAAGGGUUAUAUAAGCUUUAAAAAAUACAACUAUAUAUAUAUUUGUAUUUCAAAAAUAUCUGCGCCCAAAUAAAUAAUUUCCUUUUUUAAAUA